AUGGUGACGCUGAGACUAUUAGUCCUGUAUUUGGAGGAUGAGAUCACUGUGAAGAUGAUUGUGAUUGCUUCUCUCUUUGGAGUUUUCCUGGCUCCUGCUCUUGCCAAUUAUAACAUGGAGAACAACUUUAAUGGGCAACCCAGUGAAAACUCAACCCACUCUGAGAUCAGGGCCAGCACCACUCCAAAGGUUGGGUCUGAGGCCUGGAAAACCAUCUGGGACUUCAAGGCUGGCUACGUUGCAACCAAGGUGUUUUCAAAGAACACCUGCAUCAUUGCUUCAACUAGCAAGAGGUUUUGGCUUGGCAAACCCUUUCCUACACCACCUCCAGGAGACAAGGUACUUGGGCCUUACCAGAUGCCACGCAGAGAGAAUCGCUUCAUUAUCUCCAGGAACAGACUCCAAAGCUUGAGCCCGUAUGGAAAACGCAUCCAAGCCCUGUGCACUGGAAUUCCCUCCUACCUCGCUUACCCAGCUCCUGGAUCAAACUUCUUAAGAGGAUCAAACAUCUCAUCAGGAUGA